UUAUUGUCUACUAGAAAGUAGAAAUCUCAUCUCUCUCUCUCUCUCUCUCUCUCUCUCCAGCUUUUUCUUUCUUUUAGGCGUGAUCUCUAGAAUUUCUGCACAAGGAAUACUUGCCCCCUUUAGCAAUUUGUACAAGCUUUCAUCAUCAACCAUGGCUGCUCUAGUGUAUAUGCUGGUUUUCUUGACUCUCACUGGCUAUUCAAGUGCUACUUAUUGCGUAUGUAAAGAUGGGGUUGGUGACCAAUCUCUUCAGAAGGCACUGGAUUAUGCUUGUGGGGCUGGAGCUGACUGUACCCCAAUCCUUCAGAAUGGUGCUUGUUACCAACCCAAUACUGUAAAAGAUCACUGCAGUUAUGCUGUUAACAGUUAUUUCCAAAAGAAAGGUCAAGCUGUAGGAAGCUGUGAUUUUUCAGGCGCUGCCACCCAGGCUUCGACUGCCCCAGCUACCCAGAACUCUAAUUGUGUAUACCCUUCAAGUGCCAGUAGCACUACCCCAACAACUGGUACCCCAACAACUGGAACCCCAACAACUGGAACGACAACUCCCUCGACCACACCAACGACUGGAACGACAACUCCUUCCACCACACCAACGACUGGAACGACAACAGGAACAGGGUUCACACCGACAUUCGGUGGCACUGGCAUCAGCCCUGGUGGCAGCACCACCUUCGAUGGCUCGGGUGUCGGCUCAGCCUUCUCAACAGGCAUUGCUCACAUGUUUAUCAUCUCUUCUUCAGUUGUCACCCUCCUCUGGCUUUUGGUACAAAAUUAGAAGAAACCAUUUUUAGUAGAAAGUGAAAUAAUAUUGUAUCAUUAAUCAGUCAUCAUUUAGUGGGGAGGGGGGUAAUUCUGAUUCGCGGACCAGAUUAUGCCACGACAGAAUGGUAGUAGACGUGUAUCUCUAUGGUGUAUGAGGAGGUUGUGUAGGGAAAACACGUGUAGGUAAAAUGAAAAAAGAAGAAAACCCCACUGGGGUUUUUGUUUUCUUUCUCCAUAUAUGUGAAAAAGUUGGAAUGUGAUUCCUUUUUUUUUUUUUUGAGUGGGGGUGAUGAUAUGGACUUGUAUGGGGGUAGAAUAGAACAUGAUCUCUUUAAUCUUUCUUUCUAGAUUUGUCGCUUUUGUAUAUCUAAGAGAGGCGCCCUCUAUUUUUUAAUUUAAUGGAACUCUGCUCUACCUCAUCUAUGUAUAUGUAUUUAUGACUCUUUCUCAUAAAUUAUGAUACAUGGCACGGUGAUGGCAUUUAACA